AUGCCGGCGUUUGAUCCUGUGCGCGAUGCUGUUCUGAACUCGCCCAUCUCGCCCUCGCAGGCCCUGCCCUUCUCGCGCCCGGGCACCGCUGACCCCGCCGCCCACAUGCAACACGACCGCUCCCCGACGUCGGAGGGCAGUCGCCCGUCGAGCGGCGUCGCGCCCGGAAGGAGCCCGUCGCUGGGCAGGCGGGCGACGGACCUGUCGAUGCUGCUCAACGACGGGCCCGCGCCGGAGUCGCCUGCGCCACAGACUCCACUGUUCACGCCCACGACCGAGCGGCGGGGCUCGAGCCUGAGCCAGAUACUCCUCCCUGGCGCGCCCAGCCCGGCCCACGAACCAGACAGCAAGCUCUCCCCGCUCGCGCCUCUUGCCCGCAGGACC